UGUCGCUUGACCUGUCGCUAUCCUAUACUUUGGCUUCGUAUAGUCCGGCGCACCACCCACCACUUCACUCACAUACCCGUCCGUACCAUCCGCAGGCCGUACACUCGGUGUAUGUGCCAAGCGCCGACGAUGCGCUUCGUCGCGCCGCGCGUUGAUAUCCUUCUUUGCCCAGUAAUAGGCAAUACCGCCUGCAAACAUCAGGCUGCCCCAUCCGAGCGCCAUAGAUCCAGGUGUAUUCAUAGCAGUCUAGUCAAUAGCCUGCCCUUGCAAUGCUGUUUCUAGUCUUCCUGCGUGGUGGUCAUCGUUCAAGCUGCAAUUUGAAUUUGAUUUUACCGCCACCGAGACGGCGAGCACACCCAUCUACAUAGCAGCAUAGCUCUUGUUCUUCUCUGCUCAUCGCGAUGCCUCCGAAGCGCAACAGGCAGGCAUCGCCAGAGCAGUACAGCGAUGAUGAAGAAUUCUCAGAGCUCGGUGAGCCUGAACUGCGCAGCGACGACGAAGACUAUAAUGAUAAACCCAUGCGCGCUCGAGGGCCUGUUGCUCGCCGUUCAAAGCAGUCUGCCACUGCUGCUACGGAAGAGCCCGAAGGUAUUGUAGGAGGCGAUGCUGUGUCCUCCUUCUUUGGCCGGCAUGACUUUUCACAACUCUUGACAUUGAAGCUGGAUCAUGCUGCUCGGCCACUCUGGAUUGACCCGGAGGAUGGCCGUAUCAUUCUUGAAGCCUUCUCACCACUUGCCGAGCAAGCGCAGGACUUUUUGAUUGCUAUUGCUGAACCAACAUCACGGCCAAGUCAUGUACACGAAUACAAGCUCACUGCAUUUUCACUCUUUGCUUCCGUUUCUGUUGGUCUCGAGACUGCAGACAUCAUUUCUGUGCUGGAUCGUCUAUCAAAGACUCCGCUGCCAGAGUCCAUCAAGACAUUCAUUGAACAGGCAACCUUAUCAUAUGGUAAAGUACGCCUCGUGCUGAAAGAAAAUCGCUAUUUCGUGGAGAGCAAUCAAGCUGAUAUUCUGCAAAUGCUUUUGCGUGAUGAGCAGAUUGGUCCAUGUCGCGUCAUGGCCGGUCCAGAAGACACAUUGCUACGCGGUGUUCGCCCAAGUAUGGCGGGUCUUGUCAUUCCAGGCAUUCCAGCGCUCAAGGAAGGGGAACAACCAGAAAAACCUGACGAUUUGUUCACAGCGAUCGUUGGGAUUGAUAAGGAAGAUGAAGCAGAUGAAGAUCCAGAUGCUGUGCAUUCCUUUGAGAUUCUCCCAGAGUCGUAUGAGAUUGUCAAGAAGCGAUGUCAGGAGAUUGACUAUCCUGUGCUUGAGGAAUAUGAUUUUCGACGCGAUACCGCCAAUCCCAAUCUUGAGAUUGAUCUGAAGCCAUCGACGCAAAUUCGACCCUAUCAAGAAAAGUCUCUCUCCAAAAUGUUUGGCAAUGGAAGAGCACGAUCAGGUAUCAUUGUGCUGCCAUGUGGUGCAGGCAAGACUCUCGUUGGGAUCACCGCUGCGUGUACCAUCAAAAAGUCAGUGUUGGUUCUUGCCACAUCCAGUGUGUCUGUUAUGCAAUGGCGGCAACAAUUUCUACAAUGGUCCAACAUCAAGGCUGAUUCCAUUGCAGUCUUUACGUCAGAUCACAAGGAAAAGUUCAAGGGCGAUGCAGGGAUUGUUGUGAGCACAUACUCCAUGGUGGCGAAUACCCGCAAUCGCUCGCAUGAAUCACAAAAGAUGAUGGAUUUCUUGAGGUCACGGGAAUGGGGUUUCCUGUUGCUGGACGAGGUCCAUGUCGUGCCUGCUGCCAUGUUUAGGAAAGUCAUCAUGACGGUUGCGUCACAUGCCAAGCUAGGCUUGACCGCGACACUCGUUCGUGAAGACGAAAAGAUUGAUGACCUCAAUUUCUUGAUUGGACCCAAGUUGUAUGAGGCGAAUUGGAUGGAUCUCGCGCAAAAGGGACAUAUCGCCAAUGUCCAAUGCGCCGAAGUCUGGUGUCCCAUGACGACUGAGUUCUACCAAGAGUACUUGCGCGAAAAGUCAAGGAAGCGCAUGCUGCUGUAUGUCAUGAAUCCCAACAAGUUUCAGGCUUGUCAGUUCCUGAUUGACUAUCAUGAAAAGCGCGGGGACAAAAUCAUUGUCUUUUCCGACAACGUCUACGCCUUGCAACAGUAUGCAAAGAAACUCAACAAGUACUUCAUCUACGGUGGCACCUCUCAACAAGAGCGCAUGUCUAUUUUGGAGCACUUCCAGUACAAUGACCACGUCAACACUAUCUUUCUGAGUAAAGUUGGAGACACGAGUCUCGACCUGCCCGAAGCGACUUGCUUGAUUCAAAUUUCAUCGCACUACGGUUCCAGACGGCAAGAAGCGCAACGACUAGGCCGUAUUCUGCGAGCGAAACGGAGAAAUGACGAGGGUUUCAAUGCCUUCUUCUAUUCGCUUGUCAGCAAAGAUACGCAAGAAAUGUUUUACUCUACCAAGCGGCAGGCCUUUUUGGUAGAUCAAGGGUAUGCGUUCAAGGUGAUUACGCAUCUCAAGGGUAUCGAUACUCUUCCCAACUUGGCCUUUACAUCACAACAAGAACGCAACGAGCUGUUGCAAGAAGUCUUGCUACAAAAUGAAGAUGCAGCGGAUAUCGCUGAGCCGGGUGACAGCCUGUUUGGCCAGGCACAACCAGGUGCGAGUGGGAGUGGCAGACCUGCUGCCAAGGUGAAGCGGACGACUGGCACGUUGAGUUCAUUGGCAGGUGGCGAUACCAUGUCGUACAUCGAAGUCAACAAGAGCAAAAAUUCGACAUUGAGCAAAGAGUCAAGGACACGGAGCAAAGCGUUGAUGGACAAGCUCAAGCGGCAACGCUAAGGUCAUGAGCAUUGGGGUAUGAUACA